UUUGCGCCCUGCUCCUCGUUUUCCUUCCUUCUUUUCUUCUUCUUUUCGUUUUGCGUUUGCGCGGAGUGCUUUCUUGCCGUUUAAUUUGUGAAAUAACUUAAAAUAACUUCAAAGUGGUUCUAAAAUAAAGGGAUCUCGCAGGAAUCUCGCGGAAGUACAAGCGAAGCCAGAAGUAAGGAAAAGCUGAGCUAUCUCGAAAGUAACCAAAGCGGUCAAGCUAUAAGGAGCUCAAGGAGAUUGUUUUAUUUCUUGACUAAAUCGCCUAUUUAAAAUCCAACAAUAUGUCAGACUGGGGAGAUGAGUCCUCUGAGCCAAUCACCACCACUACCAAGGAAGUGUCCGGUUGGAGCGAUGAUGAGGACACUGGCAAGAACUCCAGUGGAGGUGUUGGCGGCAGGGGAGGCGGCUAUAACAAGGGAGGAGAUCGGGAUGGAGACGGCGAUGGAGGUGGUUACCGCGGAGGUCGCCGUGAAGGAGGUGGCGGCGGGGGAUUCCGAGGUCGUCGCGACGACAACGAGGACGGCGGGGAACAUCGUGGAGGUCGCUUCAAUCGGGAGCGUGGCGAAAGAGGAGAGCGUGGAGAACGCGGCGAGAAAGGCGAAGGCGGUUUUGAGAGGCGCCGUCGCAACGAUGAUGAUGUGAACAACAACAAUGAAGUCGGCGAAAAUGGCGACAAGCCGCGUGAAUUUUAUAUUCCGCCGGAGCCGACUAACGACGAAGCGGAGAUCUUCAGCAGUGGCAUCACUUCGGGCAUUAACUUCUCCAAGUAUGACAACAUUCCCGUGAAGGUGAGCGGCGAAAAUGUGCCCAGGGCCAUUAAGAACUUUGAGCACGCCGAAUUGCGCGGCAUUGUCGGAGAGAACGUGACCAAAUCGGGUUACAAGGUUCCGACGCCAAUCCAGAAGGUAUCUAUACCGGUGAUAGCUGCCGGUCGUGAUUUGAUGGCUUGUGCCCAGACUGGCUCGGGAAAAACGGCUGCUUUCCUGUUGCCGAUCCUCAGCAAAUUGUUGGAUGAUCCCCAGGACUUGGAGAUUGGAAAGCCGCAGGCCGUGAUCGUAUCCCCGACUCGGGAGCUGGCCAUUCAGAUCUUCAGCGAGGCGAGGAAGUUUGCCUACGGUUCUUAUCUGAAGAUCAGCAUUGUUUACGGUGGCACCUCGUUCAAGCAUCAGAACGAGUGCAUUACCAAGGGCUGCCAUGUCCUGAUCGCCACUCCGGGACGUCUGAUGGACUUUGUGGAGCGUACUUUCAUUACCUUCAACGACACUCGGUUUGUUGUGCUGGACGAGGCCGAUCGCAUGUUGGACAUGGGUUUCUCGGAAACCAUGCGCAAAUUCAUGAACCACCCGACAAUGCGGCCGGAGCACCAAACUCUGAUGUUCUCGGCCACUUUCCCAGAGGAAAUCCAGCGCCUGGCGGGAGAGUUUUUGAAGAACUAUAUCUUCGUUACUAUCGGCGUGGUUGGAGGAGCCUGUUCCGAUGUUUCGCAGACCAUUUACGAGGUUAACAAGUUCGCUAAGCGAAACAAGCUGAUGGAAAUCCUUCACGAGCAAGCAGAUGGUACUAUCGUCUUUGUGGAGACAAAGCGUGGGGCUGACUUCUUGGCUUCGUUCUUGUCGGAAACAGAAUUUCCCACCACUUCGAUCCAUGGCGAUCGUCUCCAGAGCCAACGCGAGCAGGCCUUGCGUGACUUCAAAAACGGUUCAAUGAAGGUUAUCAUUGCCACUUCGGUGGCUUCUCGUGGUCUUGAUAUCAAGAACAUCAAGCAUGUGAUCAACUUUGAUAUGCCCAACAAUAUCGAUGAUUAUGUGCAUCGCAUUGGACGCACUGGCCGUGUCGGCAAUAAUGGUCGUGCCACCUCGUUCUUUGAUCCUGACCAGGACCGCGCACUCGCUGGAGACUUGAUUAAGAUCCUUGAGGGAGCUAAUCAGACUGUUCCGGCCUUCCUGCGUGAUAUCGGCGGCGGCGGUGUUGGUUGUGGGGGCUACUCCAACAAGAAGUUUGGUGGCGUGGAUGUCCGUGGAGGCGGAAGUACUUUCUCCGACAUAACCAACGCCGAGGAUAACGAGGAUUGGGACUAAGACACUCAAACUUGAGUAGUAGAUGUUAAGAUGAUUUAACCUAACGAAUUAAGUUUGACCGAGUCCACCACGCGUUAACAUUCGAAUGGUAUAGGCGAUAUAUAAUAACUAUAUAGUAGCCUUAACGUUAUAAAAGUGCAUCUCAAGAGAAUUUGCGUACGAAUUAAUAUUUAAUUUUCCUAUGCGACGUAUUACCUAAAUAAGAAUACAUUUCAUUAAAAGAAAGUUCCAAAAAGUA